AUGUUGUCGUUGGGCAUAUGUGGACUGUUACUCUUCGGGCAACUGGCUUCCUCGCUUCAGAGUGGGUUGCAGUCUCUUGCUCGCUCUUCGACCCCCGCACCCAUCGCGACUGGCUUGCAGGAUGUUUCCCAGGUCUAUCAGUCAGUGCCGUUGGAUUCCUGUGAAAAUGACAACUGCGGUGUCAAGACCCUGCUCAUGGAUCAUGUCUUCGGAUCAAGCUAUGGAGCACCGUUUGUUGGCAAUUAUGUUCCCCCGGAUUGUGACUUUGAUACCGUGAGAAUCAAUCUCACAGUGACUUCUCGGGGAAAGCAGUAUGACCGGCUGGCAGUCAUGUACCUUGGAGACAGUGAAGUAUUCCGGACUUCAACAGCCGAACCAACGAACAACGGCAUUGUCUGGAGCUAUGUCAAAGACAUGUCGCAGUAUACCUCGUUGUGGAAAAGCCCCCAGAAAUUGAUAUUCGACUUGGGAAACAUCAUCAACGAUAUUUACACAGGUCCCUUCAAUGCCACGUUGACGGCGCACUUCACUCAAGAGCAGAACGUAAGGACCCCGGAUACCAUUCUUCCAAUCUCUGCCAAGAGGUCAGCGUCAAAUUCUUCGAGCGCCUUCCAAUUCCCUGCGGACAAUACAACUGUCUUGUAUACGAUUCCUGCUGCGGCAUCGCGGGCUGUUGUAUCCAUAUCGGCAUGUGGACAAUCGGAAGAAGAGUUCUGGUGGUCGAAUGUCUUCUCUGAGGAUACACAACGGUUUGAAAGUACCGUCGGUGCGCUGUAUGGGUACACACCUUUUCGUGAAAUUCAACUCUAUAUUGAUGGGAUACUUGCUGGGGUUGUCUGGCCGUUUCCUAUUAUUUUCACAGGCGGCGUGGCUCCAGGAUACUGGCGUCCGAUUGUUGGUAUUGAUGCCUUUGAUCUUCGGCAGCCGGAGAUCGAUAUCUCCCCAUUCCUCCCAAUGCUCCAAGAUGGCAAACGACAUUCAUUUGAGAUUCGGGUGACCGGUCUCAAUGUCUCAGAUGAUGGGAGUGUCACGCUCGCAGGCACCGUGGGAUCAUAUUGGGUGGUCACGGGAAAUAUCUUCUUAUAUCUGGAUGAUGACAUCUCGACCAAUGAAGCGACUCUCAUUCGAGAUAACAACAGACCCAAGGUAGAAGCCCCUCCGCCAGAGUUCAGUGUCAAUCGGAACCUCGUUCUCAACGAGACUGGGGGAAGCGAUUCCUUGUCGUAUUCAGUGAGCGUCAAGAGGACUUUCAGUGCAACUUCAUCUUCGUACUCGUGGUCUCAGACCUUGUCCUUCUCCAACCGCGGUUUACUCAACCAGCAAGGGUACAGCCAGGUCAACACACAGCGUACGACUGGUAACAACAUCAUCAUGGAGCUGGGGGAUACACCUGUCUCGAAUAGUGUUGAAUUUGAAUACCCUUUGCUUGUGAAUGCAACUUACGGAAUCACAUCGAAUGGAAUGACAAUCGACUCAUGGAUGAAGAGAGGUCUCACCUUUGAGAGCACAGGUGGGCUGGGCGUCUCCACUUACACCUUGGCCUCGGGGCCGGCUUCUCUGCACACGGUUCAGUCUGGGGCAGCAAAGUAUAAGUCGGUCACUGGCGGUAGCUCAAGCUCUUGGGGUGACACGGUCGAUGAGUUCGAGAGCCGGAUGUAUGGGCGAUCAUAUCAUCGAUCGGUUCACGCAGUCAAUGGUACUAUCGUAUCUGACACGGAUCAUAAAGGAAGGGUUGUGCCUUCUCUCUUGCGAGAUCACGGUGACUCGGGUAGAGAGAGUGUGAGGGCGAUACUUGGGAAGGGACCGGGAACACCUCCCAGGCAAGGUCGUGGGGCAUAG